AUGGCAGGAUCGUCUACAGGUGGGAACAAUGGCACUGCUGGCAAGGGUAGGAGCAGGAAGAAGAAGGCUGAUAGAUCAACUUUAAAUACUGCACAAGUUGUCACUCGAUCCAUCGCAGCAGCAUCCACUGCAAGGCGUGUCAUCACAUCAACAGACAGUGACCAAAGCACCAAGGUUCCGCCAGCAUUAGAAGAAAACAAUGAUGACACUAAUGACAAGGUGGUUGCUUCGCAGGAAGACGGCAGUCCCACAGCACCAGCGGCCAACAAUGGCCCGGUUCUGACCCAAUCAGAAGUUGAUGACAAAGAGGAAACAGUAAAAGCCCCACAUUAUUCUUUACCAGAACACAGUGGUGAGGCAUCAGCAGACGUCCAAGCUCUCGCUCUGUCAUCAUCAGAGCGAGAAAAGGUGAUGAAACAAGAAUUGACAGAGUCGUCAUGUGACGAAAAUCUUGGGGAAUUUUCAGAUGAAAUGUCUCAGUUUUCUUUUGUCUCCUCCCACCGGACGGCUAUUCCUGGCGAUGAAGACUACGAGAGCAACAGCAACGAUGCUGCGUUGAGCUUGGACUCCAAUGCUACAGACUACACAUGCAAGGGCAGAUCCCAAGCCUCCUACACCAUUCUUGAUUUACCACCUCAACUGGUUCAAGGAGACCAAGCCUAUACAGAAAGAAAUUGGCAUGUAGGCAGACUUCACAGAAGAAUAGAAGGCUCCAAUACGUUGAAGAAAAGUGACUUUGAUGAUGAUAUUUCAAGCGAAGAGGCAAACUAUAUACUAUGGAAUAGUCAAUCGGAAAUCAGGUAUGUGUUGGGUACUAGACAAAACCGACCUCAAUGUCGGGACAAGGAUCUGGAACUUCUAGGUUCUCAAAUUGGAUUCUUGGAAAGAAAAGGGAUUGGAGCCAAAAUAGAUGCUCUGGAAGAAAGGAGGGCAGAAAAGGCAAGGCAGGAAUUAGGCUGUGGUACUACUGGAGCUGUUGCUCAAUCGGACAUGCCAGAUAAAGAGCCAGCAGCAGCAAGGAGGAAAGCUGGUCUUGGUGAGGAAGAAUUGAAUGACUAUUGGGACCCAGCAGCUGAAACAAGAAAACGGAAACCCAAUAUUGGCCUCUCUGCAGAGCAGGUGCAUUUGAAGGAACAGCGCAAGAUGAGGGCCGACCUGAAAGUCGUUUUUACCAGUGACAACCCUAUCCAGCAUAAAGAAGUUUUCAGCAAUUUGCUAUCAAGAUCAGCAAGUCUUUUGCAAGCACCUCGACAAGAUGAGCAUGGAAGGCAUGUUGCCUCCAGGUUGAAAAAGGCUACCACUCAGUAUCAAAAAAGAACUCAACCGGUGUUAUAG